UCUGUAUCGUGUUAUAAGGUGCAUACAUCAGUUAGAAGCAACUACUUGUUGACUCAGUGGGUUAAACUUUUACAGCAGAGGACGUCUGAAAGGUCUCGGCUGUUGUGCUCAGCAGGAUCUGUGGCAUGGAGAGGUUUUGGACGAGGUGUUGUCUCCACCAGGAGCAGGUUUCAUGAGGGAGGAUAGGAUAACAGCAGCAGGAAACCAGAUCCAGCUCUGCGAUUAUCUGCGGCGUUUGUCCAACAGCCGCCGCCUGUUGUUUCCAGUGGGAGGUCGUCAUGGUGACGACCUGUCAGACACUGAUAAGGCGGUGUCACGCUGAUCCUCCAUCACCUGCAGCCCCUCUGAGCAGCUCCACUACGUGCAGUGGUGUGUCCCCCACUGUGUCAUUGCGCAGCUGAUGGAGAUUCCAGUUUUUCCAGUCGGCUCCUCCUGGUUUAAACCGCAGCGCCUCUGAGUCCCGCUCCAGUCUGAGCGCAGCAGCAGCAGCAGCAGCAGCAGGAUGGCCUCCAGCACCGGCACCAACGCCAACCUCCCCAGCGGGAUUGAAAUAUGUACAACCAUCCCCGACAUCCUCUACCUGCCAGAACUGAUCUUCGGCGGUCUGGUGUGGAUCUUGGUGGCAGCCACACUGGUGGUACCAGCAAACCCUCAGGGCUGGGUCAUGUUUGUGUCCAUCUUCUGCUUCAUCAUGACCUUCAUCUGGAUGGUGGUGUUCGCCUGCGGGGCGCACAACAACAGGGACAGCUGGGCUGCAGCAGACUGUUUGUAUCACGGCAUCGCCGCUUUCUUCUACCUCAGUGCUUCAGUGUCUUUGGCCAAAGUGACUCUGGAUCUGAACGAUGGGACCGGGUCCAAAAGCUACAAGCUGGACAUCGCUGCAGUGGUUUUCUCAUAUGUGGCGACGCUCCUCUACUUCAUCCACACCAUCCUGUCUGCCAUCCGGUGGAAAUCUUCCUAGAACCCUGCAGAAGCUCAGGACCAGCACCAGAACAGAGCAUUUUGUUUUUUUAAAUAAUUCUUAACGUUUGUACAUAAAGCCAUGGCAUGCUGACAUGAAGGGAGGCUGAUAGAGACUGUCCCAUUGACUUUGGGUCUCUCCCCUCCUGGGAGAGGAAGCUGUGCAGCAACAUCUGGAUCACCACAGCGUCUACAUGUCGGCAGCUGGAGGGAGUUCAGUGACUUAAAGUGAUGAAUGAUGGUUUCGCUGCCAGCUGACCCUGACGGUUUGUGCCAGAGCUUCUUCUGCUAACAGAUCCACAGUUUCACUGCUCACAUCGUGCACAGCAGUAACACUUUACUGACAUGUACACGAUGGAUCAAGGCUUCAAUCAUAUUAAAUUCACUGAGACUGCAUAUUUUCAGCCAAUGGUGAACAAAGUUCUGGUUAAAUUAAAGCUCAAAUAGCAUAAUGAAAAAUCUGUCCAAGUAAAACACCCUGUGUUUUUAUCAGCAACAGGUAAAAGUAAGGUUUCUGGGGGUUUCUGUUAUUUUGUCCGUCCUCAUGUUGUAGCUUCGUGUGGAGGUUUUUUUUGUACACAAUCACUGCUACAUGUUCAGCUUUGCUUGUCCUUCAGUGAAACAGGUUUGUGUUUUGUCAAAUAAAUAAACAUUAAAUUAAAUUUGGGUCAGAACAGAAAAUUGAACCAUGCUGGAAGGUGAACCUCCGCCGCUGUGCUAUGUUACAAUGACUUGGUAAAACUGUCACUGGUGGAGCAACAACCAGCAGGGUUGAGAGCUCCGAUCAACAUCACGAACAUGAAACCAGGUUUAAUGGAACAUGGCAGGGAGUAAAUACAGGGCAGGCUGCCACACAGAUGUACAGUGUAAGGCUGAUUGGGUGGAAUGAUGGGGUCACUGAACUGUAGCUGUGAUGUAUAAUUGAUGAGGGGAGGCAGCAUCUUUGUGAAACAGGAGAAGGUGGAGGCUUCUGUCACCUCAGUCGCUGCACGAGCAGCUGAUAAAUGU